GUCACCUGUGGACAGUGGAUAAAGGGGCCCAGCAGCUAAUGGUCCACCUCCACCCAGAGUGUUAGCCCCUCUGCAGUGUCAGCCCUCCCCGCGUCUCCUGAGAGCUCCUUACAAUGGCCCCUAAGAAGAAGGAAGAGCCCAAACCUGCAGCGCCCCCCAAACCCCCAGAGCCUGAGCGCCCUAAGACCCCGGAGUUUGACCCUACUACAGUGACGCUGGAGUUCACCCCUGAACAGAUUGAGGACUUUAAAGAUUCCUUCCAGUUGUUCGACAGGACACCGGCCAAUGAGAUGAAGAUCACUUAUGCACAGUGUGGCGAUCUAAUCAGAGCUCUGGGCCAGAACCCCACCAAUUCUGAAAUCAUGUACGUCCUUGGAAAACCAAAGGCUGAAGAAAUGCAGAGCAAGAUGCUUGACUUUGACCAGUUCCUGCCCAUACACCAACACAUCUGCCAUGCCAAGAACCGCGGAACAUUUGAGGACUUUGUUGAGGGUCUGAGAGUUUUUGACAAGGAGGGAAAUGGCACAGUUAUGGGUGCUGAGCUCAGGCACGUCCUUGCAACACUGGGUGAGAAGAUGAAGGAGGAUGAAGUGGAGCAGCUCAUGCAAAAUCAGGAGGAUGCCAACGGAUGCAUCAACUAUGAGGCUUUUGUAAAACACAUUAUGGCUUCUUAAACAUGUAAAUACCUUUCAGUCCUGACAUGAUAGUAAUCCCAAUAAUAAUAGUUAUCCCCACAGUAAGACCAGUGCUGCCGUGCCUCUGAAUCAAUGUGUUUGUGUGUAGCAAGUGUGGCUUUGUCUAUCUCUCAUCAGACGACCAAGAUGGCGAAUUAUUGACGUCAGAGGAUCUUUUGUGUUUCUGUGAAUUCCUGCCUGUAGAUUCCUCCUGUGUCCCAAAUGGAUCAAUAUUUCAUCAAGUUGCAAGGACAGUUUAACAUUGUUUUUCUUUGACCUAUUUUGUCAACACAUUGCUCAUUACCGCUGUUCAUGAUGUACUGAUGGAAAACCACCCCAAUAAAAGGACUCCUU